GGAUUCAUUACUGCAAUCCCACCCAUAGGUUCCAAAGGGAAAGGGCGUUCUGUGCAUUUGGAAUAAACAAUCAGAUGUAACUAAAUAUGGCAGAGGAAUCUGACAUCCAUCGAGAAUAAGUGUAACAUCUCCGGUUCGGAAACAACAGUGAGAGGAGUUGUAAGACAGGGAAGUCCAGUGCACUCCGGUAACUGGGGGAAGGACGCGCGGAACUCGAUAGCGCAUCAGCCGGACUGAAGCAGCAGCGCUCGGGCAAAUAAUGUUGCGCAGACACUUCAAAUCAUCACCAGGAUCAAGCACUCGGCAGAAUGUCGCUUUUUAGACCGUCCGGACUGAAGGACCAUCAGGCUGACCCUCCUCAUUUGGAGGGUAGACUGUUAGGGUUGUGGAAUCAUUUUGUAAUUUAAUUUGAUUUGUAUUUAUUUAUUUAUUUUUUAUUCCGAGAACUCACACUGGAGGGGAGUUUUAAAUGCUGCAUGGAGGGAUGGAAGCAUCUUCUAAAAAGGUUCAGAAUCAUUAUUACUGAGAGAGGGAGAAGUCUGUGUCGGAACAUUGGAGAACAGACCUGUCCAUCAUCGUGGCAUUUGACAGAUUAAACACCUCAGUGCCCUUUACAAGUCUGAGAGCACAGAGAUGCUGAUGUCGCCAGUCAUCACUCUUUCCUUGCGGAGAGGAAGAUGACUGGCAGUGUAGUGAUCUUGUUUUAUUACCGGCUGCUCUUUUAUUUUCCUACCUCUUCUCUUCUUUCUUAUUGUCUUUCAACCACAUACAUUUAAAUUCAACUGUCCAUUAUAUUUUAGAUCAUUAUAAUUAUAUUAUAGUUUCAGUUAAAACAGAGGGUGGUUAUUUCCGUUUACUGUUAUCUUGAUUCAGAGCCGUAAUUACCAUAGACACUGGGGGAGACAUUUCCCCCCAACAUUUAAAUUAAUGGUCGAUCAAUAUGGGUUUUAUAAUGAUCGAUGUUUAAAAGGAUAGUUUGACCAAAAAUUAAAAUUCUGUCCUAUUUUACUCACCCAUAUGUCAUUAAAAAUCUGUUUGAUUUUCUUUCUUCCAUAGAACACAGAAUGAUUGUUAUGGACUGACAGCCUCAGUCUCUAUUCGCUUUCAAUGAAAGUGAAUGGUGACUAAGAAUAUCAUUCUGCCUAACAUCUGCUUUUGUGUUCCAUGUAAGAGAGAAAUUCUUAUGGGUUUGGAACAACAUGAGGGUUAGUAAAUGAUGAUAGAGUUUUCAUUUUUGGUGAAUUAUCCCUUUUAACUUUUACAUGUGAAACAUUUAGUUACAUCUUUGUCGUGGUUAUGAAAUCCUCAUAUUUCAAUAGCUUGAAUAGCUGUUCUCUCCCAGAAACUCACACAUUUUGAAUAUUGAAUAUAAAAAUAGAUACUAAGAGAUAAGUUAUUAAAAUAACUUCUCAUCUAUUUGUAUUUUCUGUUAAAAUAGGUAAGUGGAUCAAAAUGCUACUUGUGAGGGAGGUUGUGCCUUUCAGAGAUCGUCCAGUUGCGACGAGAGAGAAGGUCGUCUCCAAUGAACCCUCCACAUUUGCUGCUUUGGCCGACACACUUUGAAAUUGCCCCUCCAUGAACUCAGAGUGACAAUGUGAUGAGCUUUGCUAUCAUUCCCAGACCGAAUAUGGAUGGAGGAAUGAGAAGGAGUAGCACGAGUUAAUGAGACUAUUGCUCUUGUGUUGGGGAGCUUAGGACAGGCAAUUACAGGAGGAUUACCCGCUGACUUCAACAUAGCAUACUCUCCACCGAGGCAAGCUUCAAGAUCCGUUAAGAACUCCAUUGUGGUGGAUUUUAUUGGAUUUUUUCCCCUUUUUUAAUUACCUUGCAGUAAUUGUAUUUGCGAAGCUUUCUCUGUCUUACAAAAUGGAGGUACAAAUCCGAAUAUGGAAUAAAGACUUGCCAACUUUGUUCAGCCCAUGGAUACCGAUACUGCUUGGUCUUCACAUGCAUUUCUCACGAGCCACAACCUGUCCCGAGGAGUGUCGGUGUGACAGGACCUUUGUUUACUGUAAUGAGAGGAGUCUUACAUCUGUGCCUCUGGGGCUAGGAGAGGGUUAUAAAACCCUCUACCUCCAUAACAAUCAAAUCAACAAUGCUGGAUUUCCCCUUGAAAUGCACAACGUUGCCUCAGUGGAGACUGUGUAUCUCUAUGGCAACCAACUUGAUGAAUUUCCUGUCAAUCUUCCCAAAAACGUGCGGGUGCUCCACCUGCAGGAGAAUAACAUUCAGACGGUGUCCCAGGCUGCACUCGCACAGCUGCUACGCCUGGAGGAGCUCUAUCUGGAUGACAACUCAAUUUCUACUGUGGGUGUCGAGGAGGGGGCCUUCAGGGAGGCCAUCAGUCUCAAAACCCUUUUCCUUACCAAGAACCACCUGAGCAGCGUACCUAUAGGGCUCCCAGAGGAACUGCGAGAGCUGCGGCUGGAUGAGAACCGCAUAGCACUUAUAGCCGAGGAUGCAUUUGAGAAUGUGACGGGGCUAGAACGCCUCCUUCUGGAUGGGAACCUUCUCACAGAUGAGGGUAUCGCCCCAGGGGCGUUCCGGACUUUGGCUAACCUUAAAAUCUUGUCAAUUGCUCGCAAUUCCCUCACGGUUCCUCCUCCUAAUCUACCGACUGAGUUUUUGGUCAAGCUCAACUUGCAGGAUAAUCAGAUGAAUGAGAUUCCUUUGACAGCCUUUCAUGGGCUCCAUCACUUGGAGAGAUUGGAUAUUUCCAACAACCAGCUGCAGUCUCUCAAACAGGGGGUCUUUGACAGCCUCCGCAGCCUGAGACAGCUCACUGUUCGAAACAACCUUUGGCUCUGUGACUGCAACAUUAAAUGGGUCAUACUGUGGUUAAAGUCCCUGCCAGCUACCCUCAAUGUCCGUGGAUUCAUGUGCCAGAAACCAGAGAUGGUACGUGGCAUGGUAAUCAGAGAGCUAACCCUGGAGCUCAUCCAGUGUCCUAACAGCACAGCCACAGUCCCACAAUUCACACAGCAUCCCACACUGCUCUCUUCCUCCACCGCUGAGUCAGUCACUCAAAUGGCCUUCACACCCCCACGCUCCUUGCCUACACCCACCCCUCCACCAUGUGCACUUCCCCUACCAACUGAAGGCAGAGACAAUGAACAGAGGACAAAUUCCCCUGACAGCCCUAGACAGGAAUCCCUACGCGUUUCCUUUGUGGUGCUGAACAGUUCAUGUAUUCAGGUAAGCUGGGUAUCGAUGUUCACUGUUACAGCCUAUAAGGUGACAUGGGUCAAGCUGGGUCACAGUUUGCUUACUGGCCCAAUGCAGGAGACAGUGGUAGAGGGGGUGCAUCUGGGAAUCGUGCUGGCAAACCUGGAGCCCAAAUCCACCUAUCGUAUUUGUGUGGAUCCGCUAAAUGCUUUCAAUAAUUACCUCCAAGGAGAUAAUACAAUUUGCUCAGAGGUGACGAUGAAGUCCACUUCCUUUCAAUCCAAUGACAAUGCCACUGGGCCUGAGCAGGCUACCCAGCAGGACCCCAGCUCACCUCUCCUACUGGCUAGUCUGAUUGGUGGGGUGGUGCUAGUGGUCCUGGUGCUACUCUUGAGCAUAUUUUGCUGGCACAUGCACAAGAAAGGAAGGUCAGACUCAUCCAAAUGGAAAUACAGCCGAGGCAGAAGAAAAGAUGACUACUGCGAAGCAGGGACAAAAAAGGAUAACUCCAUUCUGGAGAUGACUGAGACGAGCUUUCAGAUAGUUUCUUUGAAUAACGAACAACUCCUCAAAGGGGAAUUCUGUAUUCAACCAAUUUACACCCCUAAUGGGGGUGUUGGAUUCAGAGACUCUCAAAGGAGAAACAAUAGCACAGCAUACUGUAAGAGCAGUGUUCCAGAGUCUGAUCCAUGCCAUAAAUGAUGAUUUUAAACAGAUUACAUCCUUUGUAUCUAGAUCAGACGUAAACACACUGUAUUGGAUAUAUAUUUCAAAAAGACUGUACAAUCUGUAAUUUAUACUCUGAACAAUGAUAUUGCCUUCCUUUUAUAUCCCUUAGUAA